AUGCAGGACAUUUCGGCAUGGAACUUUGCAAACGACGUGCUAGAGAAUUUCUCUACUGGCCGCACGUGUUCACAAAUUGAGGACUAUGUGAACAGAUGUAGCACAUGUCUUGAACACAGAUCCUCCGUACCGAAGGAACCAAUGAUGUCACCGGCGAUACCAAACGGGCCAUGGAAAUUGUUAGCCACAUACCUGUUUGAGUGCCACAACGGUAACUAUCUCAUUGUGGCUGAUUAUUAUAGUCACUAUUUUGAGAUCAGCCUGUUACCUAAUAUCACCGUCAACAGUGUCAUCAAUCACAUGAAAUCAAUCUUUGCUCGGCACGGCAUAUGUGAAGAACUGAUAUCUGACAAUGGAAGCCAAUACACAUCUGCAGAAUUCAAAAGAUUCGUAGCAGAAUGGAGUUUCAAGCACACCAUGAACAGCCCCUACCAUCACCAAUCCAACGGACUUGCUGAAAAGUAUGUUGAUAUAGCAAAACGGAUCAUGAAAAAAGCCCAGACCGAUGGUACUGACCCGUACAUGGGACUGUUAGUCUACAGAAAUACACCCACUGAUGGAACCGCUACACCAGCUCAACUCCUAAUGAGUCGUCGUCUUCGAGACAACCUCCCAGUCCAACAAAAACGGCUCCGUCCAUCUGUACAAAAUGUAAAAGAUGUACAAAGGCGACUUUCACAGAAACGGAUGAACAGUGAAAAAUACUACAACCGUAACACCCAAUCUCAAAAACCAUUAAAGGAAGGAGAGGAUGUGUACAUGCAACAACUUAAUGGGAAAUGGAAACCAGCGAUAGUAAGAAAAGUAGCCGAGAUAGCACGAUAA